AUGCCUUUGGGUGAGAUGCCUGUUCUCGAGAUCGAUGGAGUUAAAUUGCCGCAAUCAUUGUCGAUUGCUCGUUUUCUUGCCAAACAAUUUAAUCUCGCAGGCAAAGACAAUUUCGAACAGGCCAAAGUUGAUGCCGUCGUUGAUACAGCUGUUGAGGCAAUAACUAAAUUUCGACUGAUUCAUCGAGAAGUUAAUGAAGCCAAGAAAGAAGCAGAUAUGGACACGUUUCUUUCCGAUGAACUACCAAAACAUUUGCAAAAUCUUGAAGUUCUGAAAAAGGCAUACAGCGAUGGUGGCCCAUUCUUUGUUGGAAAUAAUCUGACAUGGUGCGAUCUGUUAGUCUACGAUAUAUUCGAAACUAUUCUUCAUAUCGAUAGCACUAUCCUCGUUCAACAUCCAUGGUUACAACACAAUCGUCAAGAAGUCGAGAAACAACCGAAAAUUGCCGCCUAUCUCAAGAGUCGACCGCAAUCAGAAUUAUGA